AUGCGCGAAAAGAUCGAACAGCAAAUGCGUUACUCCGUUCAAGUGCAAAAGGAUCUGAACAUGAUGCCUCGCAGAAUCGACAAUCAGUCUCAAGCAAUUUUCAAUUUCAUAGCGCAGCGAGACAACAAGAUCAACCUGCAAGUCGCAGAGAGUUCUCGCAAGAUCGCAGAAGAGUCUCGAAUUGACAAUUUGCUGAACGUGAAGCUCGCACGCGUCACAGCUCAAAUGGCCGAGGAAACCAGACAGGACAGUGCAGCCAUGAAAACCAUCGCGACCAUGACCUUGGUCUUCCUGCCGGGAACUGCAGUAGCCAGCUUUUUCAGCAUGAACGGCAUGUUCAACUGGUCUCCCGCGGCAGGCGAAAGUAUUGCAUCGCCCUACCUGUAUGUUUUCUUUGCGGUGACAGUUCCGCUCACCCUCCUGGUGUAUUCACUUUGGCUGUGGUGGUUUGCGCGAUUGGAGAAGGCGCAUAAGAAGAAGAACUUGACCGAUAUCGAUUUCGAUCAAUACGAGCAAGAGGUGACGAGGCGGAUGCGAACGGCGACGAGUUCAUUUCCAGUUGGGAUAGAGAAACACGUUACAAUAGGAGCGGCGCAACAGCAGCCUUAA